GAUCAAAUCACAAGUUGAAAACAAUCUCAAUCAACCUUAAAUCUCUCAACUUUCUUGUUAAAGAGUGGAUACUUUUGUUUUUUUUGCUUCCAACAACUCUCUUCACGGAUCGCAAAUAUUAGGAAUGGUAUUAGCUCUUGUCUGAGCUACUCAAGACAGUUUUCAUCGAGAAACUUGUUGCCCCUAGAAUGAUUUUGGAAGUUAAUCUUCUGCAUUGAUGCAUUGGCUCAAGUUAUGAAUCACCGACAAGAGGAGUUUUCCAGAUUUCAGGAUUGGAAAUCAGAGAAAACCUCUGAAGGAAAUUUUCAUGCUAAGGAUGGAGUGCACCGAAGUAAAGUUGUAAUAGCUGCUAACGAAUUAUAUAAAGGCUUGGAACCUGGUAAAUGGAGGGCCAAAAGCAUAAUACAAGCCGUAAAAUCUAGUUUAAGUGGUUUUGUGGAAGAAAACUUGGGAUCCAACAAGAACAUACUUGAUCCUCAAGGACCUUUUCUUCAAAAGUGGAACAAAAUAUUUGUAUUAUCCUGUGUAAUUGCGAUCUCCUUGGAUCCUUUGUUCCUUUACAUUCCAUUGAUUGAUAAUGACAACAAAUGUCUGGGGUUAAACAGAACAUUGGAGGUUACAGCUAGUGUUUUGCGUUCUUUUACUGAUAUAUUUUACUUUCUUCAUAUUGCCCUUCAAUUUCGAACUGGUUUCAUUGCUCCUUCUUCACGUGUAUUUGGAAGAGGUGUUUUAGUUGAAGAUGCUUGGGAGAUUGCAAAGAGAUACUUGUCCACGUACUUCUUGAUCGAUAUUCUUGCAGUUCUUCCACUACCACAGGUUGUAAUUUUAAUUAUAAUCCCUAAGUUGCGGGGUGCAAGAUCUUUGAAUACCAAGAAUUUGCUGAAGUCUGUUGUCUUUUUCCAAUAUAUUCCAAGGGUCCUUCGAGUUUAUCCUUUAUAUACGGAAGUCACAAGAACAUCUGGCAUAUUCACUGAAACAGCAUGGGCUGGAGCUGCUUUCAAUCUCUUCCUCUAUAUGCUUGCGAGCCAUGUACUUGGAGCCUUUUGGUAUCUGUUUUCUAUAGAACGUGAAACUACUUGCUGGAAACAAGCUUGUGGAAAUUCCUCUGCCUGUCGUCAUGCCUCAUUAUAUUGUGAUGAUGAUCAUACGAGAUUUAAAACGUUGCUGAAUACUUCCUGCCCUAUAGAGACACCAAACACAACGCUCUUUGAUUUUGGGAUGUUCCUUGACGCUCUCCAAUCAGAUGUUGUGGGAUCAAUGAAUUUUCCACAGAAGUUCUUUUAUUGUUUCUGGUGGGGUUUACAAAAUUUAAGUUCCCUUGGUCAAAACCUCCAAACAAGUACCUACGUAUGGGAAAUUUGCUUUGCAGUUUUCAUUUCCAUCUCCGGCCUGGUGCUAUUUGCCUUUCUCAUUGGAAAUAUGCAGACAUGUCUGCAGUCCUCAACAAUGAGACUAGAGGAGAUGAGGGUGAAAAGGCGAGAUGCAGAACAGUGGAUGUCACAUCGGUUACUCCCUGAGAACCUCAAAGAGAGAAUUAGACGCUAUGAGCAAUACAAGUGGCAGGAAACAAGGGGUGUUGAGGAAGAGAAUCUGAUUCACAACCUUCCCAAAGACCUCAGAAGAGAUAUAAAGAGUCAUCUUUGUUUAGCUUUACUCAUGAGAGUGCCAAUGUUUGAAAAAAUGGAUGAACAACUCUUGGAUGCAUUAUGUGACCGACUCAAGCCAGUGCUCUACACCGAGGACAGCUUCAUUGUUCGCGAAGGUGAUCCAGUUGGUGCGAUGCUGUUUGUAAUGAGGGGGAAACUACUAUCUGUAACCACUAAUGGAGGGAGGACAGGUUUUUUUAACUCCGAGUAUCUAAAAGCUGGUGAUUUCUGUGGAGAGGAGUUACUUACUUGGGCUCUUGACCCUCAUUCAUCAACUAACUUACCUAUCUCAACCCGAACUGCUCAAGCACUCUCAGAAGUUGAAGCAUUUGCUUUAGUGGCUGAUGAUUUAAAGUUUGUGGCCUCUCAGUUUCGAAGACUUCACAGUAAGCAGCUCCGCCAUACUUUCAGGUUUUACUCAGGUCAUUGGAGAACUUGGGCAGCUUGCUUCAUACAAGCAGCAUGGCGCAAUUAUUGCAGGAAGAAGGUAGAGGAGUCUCUUCGUGUAGAAGAAAGCAGGUUGCAAGAUGCAUUAGCGAAGGAAGGUUCCAGUUCACCAAGUUUUGGUGCUACCAUCUAUGCAUCAAGAUUUGCUGCUAAUGCACUUCGCGCUCUGCGGCGCAAUACUGCAAACAAAGCAAGGGUGCCAGACAGGAUAUCACCCAUUCUGCUUCAGAAACCAACAGAGCCAGAUUUUACUGCUGAAGAUAAAUAACUGCCACUAGUAAAUGUAAUGUUGUGUGAUCAAUCAUUGAGUUGCAUUUUUUACCAUGUUUGUUGUGUAUAAUAAUGACACUUAUAGGCGAUUUCUUCAAGCCUAAA